AUGGACGAGGCGACUUCACUCACGCUGGGUAUCUCUAACAACCCGGAUUCGGACCUGGAGCGUAACGAUGGUAGCCAAUUCUUGAUGAACCAGACCGUCCGGGAUUUCUCAUGGACCGGAUUGACGGUCACUGUUAAGGAUCGUCAAACAAAGAAGGCACGCGAUCUUAUUAGCAAUAUCACCGGAGAUGUGCACAAAGGAGAAUUGGUGGCUUUGAUGGGCCCUUCGGGCUGUGGAAAGACGACUCUGCUUAAUGUCCUAGCUCGCCGUCCUGCCUCAACUGGAGCUAAAGUGGUAGGUGAGACUUAUGUGAAUGGAGGCAAGGUUGCUUCUAGAUCAUUUGAGCGCAUGACUUCGUAUGUCGAGCAGGAGGAUACCCUGAUCGGAUCCUUGACUGUGCGGGAGACGUUGAAAUUUGCAGCAGAUCUUUCAUUACCUAGCUCUGUGAUGAAGCGCCAGCGCAUGGACCGUAUCAUAACCCUCUUGGAGGCAUUCGGUAUCCAAAUGCAAUCUAGCACACUAGUUGGGACCCCGAUUCGGAAGGGUAUCAGUGGAGGUCAAAAGCGACGAGUCAGCGUCGCAAGCCAACUGAUCACCUGUCCAAAGAUUUUAUUCCUAGAUGAGCCGACGAGUGGUCUGGAUUCGACCGCGAGUUAUGAAGUCAUGUCGUAUGCCAAAGAACUGGCCCGGCUGAACAACAUAAUCAUAAUUGCGAGUAUUCAUCAACCCUCGACCACUACCUUCCAGUUGUUCGACAAGUUGCUGCUUCUUUCGGGGGGAAGAACGUGUUUUUUCGGUCCCGUACCCAAUGUGAAUUCUUACUUCAACUCAAUUGGCCAGCCAGUUCCCAAAAACACUAACCCAGCAGAGUACCUCCUCGAUAUUGUGAGCUCCGACUUUGGGGGUGAUAAGGACCGAGCUCAGAAGCGUGUGACGGAAAUUCAAAAUGUCUGGUCAAACUCCAUUGAGGCAGUCACCAUCACCAGACAAUGUUUCGAACAAAUUCGCCAGGAGAAGGAGGCACAAAAAUUAUUGACAGAGGAUCUUAGUCGACCUAGUUCGCUCAGGAUCACACGUGCUCUGUUGCAUCGCUCAUUCAUCAAGAGCUAUCGUGAUGUCGUGGCUUACGGAAUCCGUAUUGUAAUGUAUCUCGGUCUUGCUAUAAUGAUGGGGACAGUCUGGCUUCGUCUACAGCCAUCCCAGGAGUAUAUACAGCCCUACGUCAAUGCAAUUUUCUUCGGGUCAGCUUUCAUGUCUUUUAUGGCGGUUGCGUACGUUCCGGCCUACCUAGAAGACCGUGCGACAUUUGCCAAAGAGCGUGCUAACGGAUUAUACGGGGCGACUCCGUUCAUGAUCUCGAACUUUCUUAUCGGACUACCCUUCCUUUUUCUAUUCUCACUACUUUUCUCCAUUGUCUCAUACUGGCUUUCCAACUUCCGCCCAAGUGGCCAAGCCUUCUUUAUGUGGGUGAUGUGGAUAUUCUUAGAUCUAGUCGCAGCCGAGUCACUUGUGGUCUUUGUGGCGUCUAUUUUUCCCAACUUUGUGAUUUCUCUCGCGCUCGUGGCCUUUAUGAACGGACUCUGGAUGAGUGUGGGUGGUUUUCUGGUCCCAAUAACAAUUCUUAACGUGUUCUGGAAAUAUGUCUUCCACUAUAUCGACUAUCAGGCAUAUGUUUUCCAGGGGAUGAUGGUCAACGAAUUCUCGAAGCGAAAUUAUUCAUGUGGGAGCGGCUGCCACUGCAUGUACCAAACAGAUUUGGCUUCUCAAUGCCAGAUUCGCGGGACUGGUGUCCUGCAAAACUACGGAUAUGCGACUGGCAGAAACGGAAAGUGGGCGGGCAUUCUCGUCGGUAUCAUUGCAGUGUAUCGACUGUUUGGAUGGAUUGCGCUUCAAUUGCGUAGAUCCUGA